GCCUCCCGACCUGCCCCUCGGCCUGGGCCCACCCCGCGCUCUGGCGGCCCCACCCCGGCGGCGCCGCCCGCCCGCCCGCGCGUCUCUUAGUCCACCUGCAUCAGGCAAGCCAGCAGGCUUCCCCGGCUCCGCGACCGUAAAGCUCUCGGCGAGCCCGGGGUCUGGGGGCCCGGCGGAGGGAUCCACGGCGGCUGAGGAGGCGGCGCUGAGCCUACGAGGAAGAGGCGGCUACGGCGGCGGCGGCUGUGGCAGCAGCGCAUAAAGGGGCCGCCGCCGGGUGAUGCGGUGACCGCUGCGGCAGGCCCAGUAGCUGAGUGGGCCUCGGCCCUCAGCUCGUCGGAUCCGCGCUUCGGAGCUCCCGGUCUUCUCCGGCCGGCUCGCGACCGCUCGGGCGGUCUCAGGCCCCCCUCGCCCCUUCCCCGUCCCUCCCCCGUCCCCGUCCCCGCCCCGGGGGCCGUCGCCACCGUUUCCCACCAUGGCUCUGAAGAGAAUCCACAAGGAAUUGAAUGACCUGGCCCGAGAUCCUCCAGCACAGUGUUCAGCAGGUCCUGUUGGAGAUGAUAUGUUUCAUUGGCAAGCUACAAUAAUGGGGCCAAAUGACAGCCCCUAUCAGGGUGGAGUGUUUUUCUUGACAAUUCAUUUUCCAACAGAUUACCCCUUCAAACCACCUAAGGUUGCAUUUACAACAAGAAUUUAUCAUCCAAAUAUUAACAGUAAUGGCAGCAUUUGUCUUGAUAUUCUACGAUCACAGUGGUCUCCAGCACUAACUAUUUCAAAAGUACUUUUGUCCAUCUGUUCUCUGUUGUGUGAUCCCAAUCCAGAUGAUCCUUUAGUGCCUGAGAUUGCUCGGAUCUACAAAACAGAUAGAGAAAAGUACAACAGAAUAGCUCGGGAAUGGACUCAGAAGUAUGCGAUGUAAUUAAAGAAAUUAUUGGAUAACCUCUACAAAUAAAGCUAGGGGAACUCUGAAAGAGAAAGUCCUUUUGAUUUCCAUUUGACUGCUUUCUAUGAGCCCACGCCUCAUCUUCCCCUGUGCACAUGUUUACCUGACACAGCAGUGCUGCGUGUUGUACAUACUUGGAACAACAAACUAGAAAUACUGUACUUCUGUACCAACAUUGCCUCCUAGCAGAGAAGUGUGUGUGUGAGAAGCCAGUUCUCCGGGCAUAACCUAGGUGUGAGACUAAAAGCUUUCCUUAUUGACCUAAAUUUGGAUAAUGGCAAGAUGUGAGGGGUAGUGGGUACACAGUGUUUGCUUGAUGAGAGGAAAAAAGCUCCAGUGACCCGUAGGAGAUUGUUUUUAAGUGGAACCCAUCUAAUCUCAAACAGUCAUAAAAAGCACGGUGAAGAACAUGAAGCUGUUUCUGUAUUCAUUUCACCCUGAAGCACCUACAACUUAGGUGAAUGUUAUGACCAAACAGAUUAGACUCUGCCUACACGCUGUAUUUAAGGUCUGAGUUUGACUGAUCAACAUUUAAAUGGACUGGAGCUGUUAGUACAUAAAGUGUGGUGGACUUUGUUCCCGACACUUUCACAUCUCCCUGCCCUUUCAGCCUUCUUCCUUUUAGUCCCUUUCCAUAAUCUUUGGUUUGUAUGUGGUUUCUCAGUUAAUACAUAGCUAAUAGCUCUUAUUUUUCUUAUGUUUUUAACUGCUUUAGGCCUAUUUCGAUGUAAGGGUGAAAAUUCAUUUGAUGGAAAUACUUGUGUAUAUUUAAAGACCCAGUUGCUCCUCUGGAGCUUGUACGUUCAAGAAUGAUUAAUCUGUGUAAUAAACUGAUUACUACAGUCAUUACAUAUAAUUUUGUGUGAAUAGGCUUUUUGAUUUAAAACUUUGUCUAGUUAAGAUUAGUGGUGGAUUUUCUCCUCGACCCUGAAAUGUUCUCAUUUAUAUUUGUUGCAUUUCAAAAUCAUGAAACAAUUCCAGUUUACAUCGUAAACAAGAUAGGAAAGUAGUUUAUUAAAUAAGAUAGAGGCAUAAGCUCAAAGGCAUUUUCAUGAAACUUAUGUGCACCAUUCCAGGAACAUGACUGUUAAACUAAAUAAAUUUGCUUUGUUAUGAAACUGAGCAGCAUUUCACCAAAACCUUGUGAUAGUCUCUUGGUACAUAGGACAUAGAACACAAAGGUGUUGCUGUUUGAUAAGUUAAGCCUCUGUGAUUGUAAUCAUAAAAGAAUAACUGACCAAACCUGGGAAACAUGAGCACAAUCUUGUAUUGGAGACUCUACAUAAUUACUUUGCACUAACAUUUGCAGGAUGUUCAUUGGUUUUAAAUUGUACUGUAUGUGGCUUUUUGAAGUCUUCCCUUGACUCUAGUAAAAUGUAGUUUGAAAUUUGUAAACAACUGUUACCCAGAAACAUUCGUGUGAACUAGGCAAGUUACCUGCCCUCACCCCUUCCCUAACCUGACUGUAAACCCGGCCAGCCUGAAGGCCUGGCUGACGCUCUCUAGUCAUCAGCGUCUUUGGAAUGCAUCUUUACACUCUUGCACACAAAUGAGGAAUAAAUGUCCACUGCUUUUGGUUUUAAACUUG